CAGCGAAUGAUUAUGUCCGGAUUUCCCGCCUUUUUUCGGGAUUAUCUUUUUUUCUCCUGCGCGCCCUUUCCUCCCCUUCUCCACUCUCCCUGCCUCUCCCCUCUUGCUUGUGUUCGUCUCUUUUUCGGUCCGUCGGCCUGCCUCUCGCUGCAAUUUGGAAUUGUCACAAUGUCGCUCUGGAGAGAAACGUGUUUGAAUCUGCGACAUGUGCCCCGGACGAUCCCCGGAGAUCGCAUGCGUCAUGCUCAAUCGAGGAGGUUCCUCAGCUCGUCCACAAUGAAUACCCGCCGACUUGCGCUGAACUCGAGGGGUCCGUCUCUGGCAACGAAGGCCCGGAGGUCGUUCCAGGGAUUGGACUCCGGACGGCGAAGCUUCUCGGCGACAGCCGGUGUCCAACAUGGUCACAUCACGCCUCCCAAGCCGGGCGAAGAAAUCAAUGUGACCUUCAUCGAUAAGGACGGGGAAAAGAUCGAUUUCCAGGUAUCCGAGGGGGACAACUUGCUGGACAUUGCGCAAGCCAAUGACCUGGAAAUGGAAGGAGCCUGUGGUGGUUCGUGCGCUUGCUCUACGUGCCACGUUAUAGUCGAGGACCCCGACAUGUUUGAUAAGAUGGAAGAACCAUCGGAUGACGAGAAUGAUAUGCUCGACUUGGCAUUCGGCUUGACAGAGACGUCUCGAUUGGGGUGUCAAGUUGUGAUGAACAAGGGUCUCGACGGAAUGGUGGUCCGGCUGCCCUCGAUGACUCGGAACUUGCAGGCGAGUGAUUUCGAGCAGAAAUAAAGCUCCCGGCUUGAAGCAUGGGCGCAGAAAAUUGGCCUUGCGUAAGGGGGAACAUGUACGAUAUGGUUGUGCAUUUCAUGGGAGGGCAGUCGACAGGGACUGUCAUUCCAUCGGUCGGAGUUUCAUCUGUUGCGACUGAAAAUAAUACUAUAGUAUCGGGUAUUCUCUCCCCUCCAUUCUAUUUGACAAGAACUUGUAAAUAAGAGUGACUUUUGAUCCAC